AGAUCCAGCAGAUUAUAUAAAUAUUAUAUUAUAUUAUAAUUUAUAAUAAACUAUUUCCUUUUUUAUACAAUCACUAAUCCUUGCUAGUUGGCAUCUCUUACAAGGUAAAACAUCAAACCAUCUUCCCCAACCCUUCUAAUUUUUAUACUUAACUAACAGCAAAUAUUAGAACUUUAAAACUUAUAAUUAGGGAUUUUAAUGCAAUAUUUGAUCUUUAAUUGUUUUUAUCAUAACCAAUUUCCUUGAUUGAUGCAGUUUUUAGGACAAUUAAUUAAUCUUUCAACAAAUUCAUGGAUAUGUCAUCUGGUGAUUGGUUAUCUGAUCUUGCCAAGGAAGAUCCAAGAAGUAUAAUGAAUCAUUGUGAUAUGAUGAUGAUGAUGAACUCAAAUAUAAAUGAUGAUUUGUUUGAGAAUAUUUAUGAAGUGCAAGAUAAUAUAAUGGAAACAGAACAUGAUUUUGAUUCAUCAGUUUGGGAAACUAAUAAUAAUAAUAAUAAUAAUAAUAAUAAUAGUAGUAGUAGUUGGAGUUCAUCUGGGCAGCUUAUAUGUUUUGGGAGUUCAGAGUUUGAAACAAAGCCUAAGAUUAAGAAAAAUGGUGGUAAGAAAGUAGAUAAUAAUUGGUCAACUGCUUCAAAAGAACAUGUUGUUGCUGAAAGGAAACGUAGGGAGAAGAUGACUCGAGGCUUUCUUUCUCUGUAUGCCCUAAUUCCUCACCUGCACAAGAUGGAUAAGGCAUCAAUCCUGGCAGAUGCAACUGAGUAUAUAAAAGAACUUGAAGAACAAGCUAAAAAGCUAGAGGGGCAAAGUACAAAAAGAAUAGUGGAGUCUGUUUAUCUUGUUAACAACAUCAUGCCAAACCAACAAUUAUUAAUACAAAAUAAUAAUAAUAAUAAUAAUAAUAAUAAUAAUAAUAAUGUCUUGGAAAUUGAAGCCAAGAUGUUAAAUAACAAUAUUCUCAUCAGAAUUCACUCUCUAAAAAAGGAAGGCCUUAUUCAGAAAAUUCUAGAAGAAAUUGUCAACCUUAGACUAACAACUAUCAACUGUAUAACAAUCCCUUUUGGCACCUAUGCUAUUGAUGUCACCAUUAUUGCUCAGGUGAGUGAUGAUUUUGACAUGACAACAAAAGAUUUGAUGAAGCACCUAAGAGAAGUUCUUCAAAAUUACAUUUUCUAAAUUGUAAAAUAAAGUAAAUGCAUGCAAAUAAUGGAAAUCCUUAUCAUUUUUUUGUCUUUUUCUUAUUGUCAAUUUUCAAUUGUUCCACACUCUUAAUCUAAGCUUAGAUUUAAUUUGCUGUUGUCAGAAAGAUGCUUAUCCUUUUCUUGUUAAUAAGUUAAUUAAAUACUCCAUUUGAAACGCUAUUUAAUUAAUUUACC